AUGGCUCUCAUGUUCGUUGCUGGAUCUGCCCAGAUCCAGGCAUCAGCUCUGGCCAAGCUUUUCACUGCAGGAUUUGCGGCCGAGCGGUUCAGCAAGCUGCAGAGUGAGGAGCAGAAGGAGCCCGCACCUGCAAAACCGAAGGAACUGAAGGUGAAGGAGCAAAAGAAGGAGCCGGUAAAGGAUUCCGAGGAAGAAGAGGAAGACAAUGAGGAUCCCAGCAAGGAGCUGAAGCGAAUGAAGGAGCUCAUGGGUGAUGAGAUUGAGGCGGAUGACGAGCAAGAGGAAGAAGAGGAGGAGGAAUCGCAUGAGGAGGAUGCUUCAGCAAAGCUGCAGGCGAAAGACAAAGCAGCCAAGCUCAAGGCUUCGAAGGCCAAAAAGCCUGGCUUCGACGUGGAGCAAGGGCAAUCCAUCUUCGUGAGAAAUGUUCCGUUUGAUGCAGAAGAGAACGACUUGAAGGAGGUCUUCCGACGCUUUGGUAAGGUUAGCUCCGUCAAGCUUGUGGCUGACAAGACAGGCGCUGGUUAUAUCAAGCCAAUGCUCGGCUAUAGUUUGUUCUGUGAUCGGGGAUCUGCCUUUGUAAAGUUUGCAGAGGCACCUUUUGAAGAGCCUGAAGUGUACGAGUAUCUCAGGGGGCAGCGCAAAGCGUCAGAAGAUGACAAGGUGACGCCUCUUCCAAGUCCCCACGCGCGUAAGGACGACCUUGCGCUGGGAUUGCAGGACUGCCACACUCCAAGCCCACCUGCGCAUGGUGGUGGGGGUGAGAUAGGUUUUGACAAUGAGGAUUUCUUGGAGGCAGUCACCCCUCCGAAUCUUCAUCGAGUCAGCACCUACGAGCAUGACCUCGCAUCUACGCCCGAGAUGCCCGAACAGGCUUCGGAGCAGUGGCAGGGCAACGCCUUCUUCCCAUGCUAUCCUGGACCUACCUGGAUGCCAGCCUCUGCUGGUGACAUGCAGACGAUGCACUGCGCUCCGAGCAUGCAAUACUUGCCACAGCAGGCUUCCCCUGCUUUGGUCUACUACUGCGUCGGAUAUUUGGCUCCGGAAAGUGUAGAGCAGCACAUGCUGCCGGCUGACGUUGGUUUGGCCGAGAGCUACGACAGUGGCUACGUGGGAUCUUCUGCCAGCCAGUGGAGCUCUGCCGGUGACACGAGGCAGAGUCAGGCUCAAAGCUCUCAGAAGCGGCCACCUCGAGAAAAGAAGGAGCCGCAGCCGCAGCCAAAGGUGCUGGAGGCCGGCGAAGUUCGGCGUGACUCGGAACCGCAAGGCUCAACAGAAGCCGUGCCCGCCGUCAAGGAUGAGGAGCGCACCACAAUCAUGCUGCGGAACAUCCCGAAGGAUACAACUCGGGAAGCUCUAGUGGAGCUACUGGACAGCCUAGGUUAUGCAAAGAUGUAUGACUUUCUGUACCUCCCGCGAGACUUCAAGGAUAACUUUGCCAUUUACGGCUAUGCCUUUGUGAACUUCAUCAGCCAUGAGCAAGCUUCGCAGGCUAGGGAGCUCUUUGAUGGUUUCGUCAAGUGGCACAGUACUGAGAGCCAAAUAGUCCCCUGCGAGGCGCACUGGGGUUAUCCCCUCCAAGGAUAUGCGGCGCAUGUCGAGCGUUACAGGAACAGCCCGGUCAUGUCCAGUCAGGUGCCCGAGAUGUGCAGACCCUUGGUCUUCAAGGAUGGGCAGCCUGUGAGCUUUCCUGCUCCCACGAAACCCAUACGUCUUCCGCGUCGGAAGGGCUGGAUUCUUGCGGGCCGGCGGCCAGAACUCCGCGAGCCGUCUUGUCAAUAG